AUGGGGAUAAAUAGUUAUUUUAUGAAAUAUAUAAAAAUCACUUAUAUAUGUAGAAGGCGAAAUGAAAUGAAAAAAACUAUAGAAAAUUUAAAAAAUAAUAUAUAUACAUAUAAUAAUUAUUGCUGUCAUAAUAUUAUAUAUCAUAUAAAUGAACAAGAUGAAAUAAAUAAUUCAAAUAAUUGUUAUAAUGUAAAAGUUGAUAAAAAUGUUGAAGAAAUGAUAAAUUUAAUUAGCCCUUUAAAUUUUUAUUGUGAUAAAAAUAUAGAGAUAAAUUUGGCUAAUGAAAAAAAAAAAAAAAGUGAAAUAAAUAAACAAGAAUUUGGUGAAAAUGAAUAUAAUAAUAAUAAUAAAUAUAUAUUGAAAUAUAAAAUAAAUGAAUUAAUUGGUAUAAGAGGAAAACGAGAACAAUAUAGAUAUACAUAUUUAAAAUCACCUUUUAAAUAUAAAUAUGCAUUAAGACAUUAUGUUUUUGAAAAAUAUAAAUAUAAUUUUUAUUUUUUUAAUAUUACACAUUUUAAUAUAAAUAUUAUUUUUAAUAUUAUUUUAUCAUCUAUGACAAAUGAAACAUCAGUUAAGUGUAAUAUAAAUUGGUUUUACCCUGGAGAAUAUUUAUUUCAAUCUGAAUUUUUGCGAAAUUGUUUUAAAAAUGUAAUUGAAGACAUUGAUAAAAAAAUCGAGAAUUGUGACAUUAGGGAAAAGACAUUAAGUCUAAAAAUAGAAAAGCAAUUAAAAGAAAUAUAUAAAAAUAAAAAUAUCGAAGAAAAUGACAAAAAUAAAAAAAUCAAAGAAAAUAAUGAUGGCAAUACUAGUGUGCCAUAUUAUUCACGAAUAAAUUUAAGCUUGAAUAAAUAUAACAUACAAGAUUUAUUACCAAUAUUUUUUCAAAAUAAAUCAUUUACUGAAAAUUAUAAAAAGUUAAUUUUGUUAGAAGAAAAAAGCUUAAAACAAACAAAAAAUAAAAUUAGAAAAAAAAAUGCUCAUUGGUUUUUGAAUCAAAAUUCAAGUGGCUAA